GCGCCAACCCGGAAGUUGCUGAAACUCGAAGGACAACAAAAGUAGAUAGCGAGCAACUGUUACAGUUGGUUUUGUUAGUUUAUUUUGUGUUAACGUUAAGGCAAGAGUUAAUGGUUAAAAUACGUAUGUGGUUAAUAGGUAGUCCGUUAAGGUAAAGCUAGGACUGUUAUCGUUUUGUGUUUUGUAUUCCUAACCACAGUAGCCAGCACGCUUGCUAACGUUAGCAACACUGCCCCUCAACGGACAGACCAGGGUCAGGUGAUUAUCAAAUUAUUGAUUAAUUGAAAAAGUUAUUGACGCAGAAAUCAAACCAAUUUGCAGUAACAUGGAGGACAGGACCAAGGAACUCGAAAGACCCGGCGGUUGCUUGAGUGUCGGUCAGAAUUCAGAAGAGGCGACACCAACCGAUGGUAGCCGCCAGAACAGUGUUGACAACGAUGGAUCGGAAGACCACGAUGGGACGUCCAAUAAUGUUGACUCCGAGGAUGAGGUACAGUACUGGAGACUUGGACAAUAUCUAGUGUUUCUUAUAUUGCUAGUGGCGAGUCAUAAUAUACUGUUAUGAAUAUGGUAGUUACAUGGUAGCUACAAUGGUUUGUACUCUAUAAAUGUAAUGCACUGUAAUAUGGAAUUACAUUGUUUUUACAUCUUUUCACAGCCUGAACUCCCUCUUAAUCAAUUCUACCCUUAUAUCCGCUGUGCUCUCUGCUGCGGAUUCCUCAUUGAUGCCACCACCAUAACAGAGUGUCUGCACACUUGUGAGUUACGAUAAUUAAGAUGAACAUUCCUGAAAUAUGACUGCAAUCACUUCAGGCUCAUCACAUCAGUCAUAACUGCUUUGUUAUGUGUUUUCCCUUUCCCAGUUUGUAAAAGCUGCAUAGUGAAGCACUUCUUCUACAGCAACAGGUGUCCCAAUUGCAGCAUUGUGGUCCACCAGACACAACCACUGUACAAUAUAAGGUAUUGGUUUAUUGUAGUCCCCUGUAGCUCAGUUGGUAGAGCAUGGCGCUUGCAACGCCAGGGUUGUGGGUUGAUUUCCCACGGGGGCCCAGUAUGAAAAUGUAUGCACUCACUAACUGUAAGUCGCUCUGGAUAAGAGCGUCUGCUAAAAUGACAACAACAACAAAAAAGGUAAGCAUGCCUGCCUGACGAUAUCUAAGAGCACACAGGCUCUUGUCUUGUUCAAUUGUAUCAGAGGUUUUGAAUUUGAAGACAUCGGUUCAUGUUGUUUAUAACAGUUGUUCAAAAAGAGAGAUCAAAGGUUGUUUUUCUGCUAGUCAUCAUUCGUGUUCUUUAAAGAUGACGUUUCUAUGGUUACCCUCUCCCUGCUGGGGAGUUACCUGGUACACAAUAGCCUAGUGUGACGCACAGGUACUGAUUUGUCUGGCAGUAGAUGCCACUGUUAUCCAUUUCAAGCACUCGCUUGUCUACUGAAUCGCUGUGCACAACUCUGCUUUCUGCACAGUCCAAAGGGGCACAAAUGUACAGAUUACUAAUGUGCAAACUAGGGCUGUCCCAAACAAAAAUAUAUAUUGGUUGACCAAGAGUCAUCUGUUCCAAUCGAUUGGUUUACAUUUUUUAAUGUGUAUUUUUACAUAUAUAGACACCCUAUGUUUGAAUAAAAUAAACUAUAUCUAGGCUACUGAGCUUGUCUGAUACUUUCAGCAUGGCGCUUAAAAAUAAAGACACAAAAAAUCUCUGAAGCUGGAGACUCUUAUCUCCUUCACUAACUUUAAGCAUCAGUUGUCAGAGCACCUUACCGAUCACUGCACAGCCCAUCUGAAAUUAGCCCACCCAACUACCUCAUCCCCAUAUUGUUAUUUAUUUUGCUCAUUUGCACCCCAGUAUCUCUAUUUGCACAUAAUCUCUUGCAGAUGUCUAUCAUUCCAGUGUUAAUACUAAUUGUAAUUAUUUUGCACUAUGGCCUAUUUAUUGCCUUACCUCCAUAACUUGCUACAUUUGCACACACUGUAUAUAUAUUUCUGUAUUUUUUGACUUUAUGUUUUACCCCAUAUGUAACUCUGUUGUUGUUUUUAUCGCACUGCUUUGUUUUAUCUUGGCCAGGUCGCAGUUGUAAAUGAGAACUUGUUCUCAACUGGCUUACCUGGUUAAAUAAAGGUGAAAUAAAGAAAGAUGGAGCCAGAGAUCAAUAUAUAGCCUAACCAGAAGAAAAAAACCCUGUUCUGACCCUCGUCCUCCUGCUGCCCACUGCUACUGGCCUUUGCAGAUUCUGCAUUAUGCUCCUGAAGUUGCCGUUAAUAGGCUACACCAGGGGUCGGCAACCUUUUCCAUUUGGAUUGCCAAGUUAUCGUACCAUUUCUACUGAUCUGCGUUGCGUGCCAGUUAUGAUUUUCAUAUGCACAUUUCUGUGGAACAGUUUAAUUUCAUUUAUAGUAAAGUCUUCAUAUCUCAAAAUGUCAUGUGGUUAAUCAAAAUUAUAUCUUAAUGAAAAGGAUACAAAUCUAAAAGUAACUUCUAUUGCCAAUAUGUAAAAAUAGCCUACAUAAAGACAACAAAUAAAGACUUUGCAGCCCGCAGGUAGAAAAUAUCCUGAUAAAAAUAAGUAUCCUAUAAAUCACAUUGGCUACAAGGAACUUGAAACAUUGUAUCAACUAUUGUUUUAACUUGGUCAGGCCUGAAGCUCCUGCUAGCAAACUUGCAACAUUGUAUAAAUGUGAGCUCCAGACAGACAUAGCUGUAGGCUAUUUGCGCAAGGGAUAAGAAGUAAUCAGGUAGGACUAUUUUAGGAUGUUUCCACUGGAUCAGAGCAUGACAUUUUUCCCCCUUUCAUGCUGAGUGGUACUCGAAAGGAAGAGAGCUGGAAAGAUUUUUCACAUAGGCUACGUUGAGGAACUAUUGUCAUUCUCAAUGGAUGUAAAAACAGACUUUGUUUACUUGCUGUUUGAGGUGAAGAAAAAAUUACUUUGAGUAGCUUAUAUAUAUUUGCCACUGUUCGACUAAAAAAAUCUCGGUCGACCAACAGCCUGUCGACUAAAUGGGUGCAGCCCUAGUGCAAACUCAUUUUAAAUGUAAAUGUUGCCACGAUAAACUGACAUUUUCACUGAAACAACGUGUGCAGAAGUCCGCUUUGCAGUAGAUAACUAUAACUCUCCCAUUGGCCCAUUAUCAAUGAUAAUGGGGGGCCAGUAUGAAAAAUAAAAAAAUAAUGUAUGCACUCACUUAACUGUAAGUCGCUCUGGAUAAGAGCGUCUGCUAAAUGACUAAAAUGUAAAUGUAAAAAUCUAUAGGCUAAUACUCAGUUAUACACAGGUAUGUAAAUACUUAACUGUAUGGUGGGUAUUUUUAUCUCUCCACAGGCCUGACAGACAGUUGCAAGAUAUUGUUUACAAGAUGCUGCCACAUCUAGAAGAAAGUAAGUAUCCACAAGCCUUCCAUUUCUCACAUUUUCCCAACCGCCACAUGUCAAUAUUUUUGUUCUGCAAUUAAGAUAAAUAUUGUUCUUACUCUUUAUUUUCUUUGCAGUGGAGAGAGCAAGGAUGAUAGAUUUUUACAAACAGAGAGGACUGGAGGUGCCUAAACCAGGUAUAAAAUACCUACUUAUUUGUUGUUGCUGUUAAUUGUUUUUGGCAGAUAUUUGAUGGAGCUUUGAUUAUAUGAAUGGUUUGCAUAUUUGAAGACUGAAGACAGCCUCUACCUCUGGUGUUAUCCAUGUCAGUCUCUGUCUGUCUCAAUGCUGUGUGUGGAACAUUCCCCUAAUACUACUGUAACUCUUGUCUUUCUCUCUGACCUCAGUGGUGGCAUCCCCGGCGGUCCCUGUGCUGAAGAACCAGAAGCAGAGGAGGGAGUUGCUUCCCCAGUCUGUCUUCACCAUCCCUCCUGAACUGGACGUGUCUCUGCAGCUGGAGUUUGUGGGGUGAGUCUCUCCCUAGCAUUAGCGUCUUCUAUUUGAGGGAUGGGGGAUAUUCAGUGAAAUGUUAUUGUUUAUGUUUGUCUCUGGUCAUUCUUGCCUCCCCAGUAGAUUGUGCUGUUCUUCCAUUGAGUGCAUAGGGACUAGGACGAACAUUUCAAGUUAUAAGAUUGAUGGUUAACUUUACAAAAUUGGUUGCAGGGAUUAAGAAAAUUCUAUGUCAUGUUUUGUUUUGAUCCAGAGCGGAAGAAGGCAUAAACAACUAUAAGGUAAUUACUGCUGACAAGCUCUUUUCUCAAGUUUUAAUGACAGUUGUAUGAGACUGUUAAAAUAAAUAACAGUCACAGCGAUAACGCUGCUAUCCAGCCACUAUAUAGCAAUGGUCAUACAUAAAGUAAUGUUGUGAAGUUGAGUUGUUUUAGUUAUAUUGAUAUAUUGCUCAAAUGAAUAAGGGAUUGAAAUCUGUAACACUGGUGUCCCUGGCCAGCCUUUGGAGAGGCGGUACGUACGAGUGUCGGGCGAGGCCACCGUCCGCCAUGUGGAACUUUUCAUCAGGAGGAAGAUGGAGCUGAGUCCCACCUGCCAGGUCAGUGGGAGGAGAAUUCACGUUGACUUUACCAGGAUGUCUGAUGAGGUUAUGAACUAUUUCUGAAAGGGAACCCUGGCCAGAUGCCCGAUAGGGAAAGGCAUAAAUAUGUACAUACAGUAUAUCUCCUCGUUAUAAUGUGAGGGUGCGCUCUGCUUCAAGAAAGAGGCAUGUUGUGUAUAUACCUGUGUGUGAGGAACCCAUCUCAAUCACAUCCCCUGAAAUAUACCUUAGUGACCUGCAUUGUUGCAAUGCCAGGGCACUCUAGGACAAGCAGCCAAGUGCGAGGUCGAUGCACGUUAAGCUCAUCCAAGGACAGAGAGAGAAGUGUUCUUGUGUCUAAUAUGAAAGUGCAGAGUGUAACAACACAACCUGGGAGCAGAGCUACCUGUACAUAACGUGUUUAGCAGUAACACACCUGGACAGGGAUUAUAGGCUUAGGCUGAUUUCUUGGCACUCACCGGCUUCGUCUGGGAGUAAGAUCUGCAGAGGACAGAGGAAGGGUAACUACCCCAGAGCUCAGAGUGAUCUGAGUAGCAGGAGAACAGAUUGUAAGCACUGUCACAAGCAGUGACAUUGUCCAGAGUUCUGUUCAUUUUUAUUGAGAUCAGUUCUAAACCAGGGAUGGAAAUGUGAUUAUUCAGGAAUACUAUUUCUGUAUCUCAUUGAAAUUGAUCUCUCUCAGGUGCCCCCCCCCCCCCCCCCCCCAUUACAUUUGAGUCAUUUAGCAGACACGGUUUUCUAGAGUGACUUAAAGGAGCAAUUAGGGUUAAGUGCCUUGCUCAAGGGCACAUCGGCGGAUUGUGCACCUAGUCGGCUUGGGAAUCGAACCAGCGGAAUUUCGGUUACUGGCCCUAACCGCUAGGCUACCUGCUGAUGACCCCCAUGUACGUUGUCACUCGGUGUGUCACUCUCAUAUGAUGUCAUGCAGUCUAUCGAAAUGAUAUGAUGUCGUGUUGUGGUGCAGGUGGAUGUUGUGUGUGGAGACCACCUCCUGGACCGUUACCAGUCGCUGCGAGAGGUUCAGGGCUCCAUGGGAGACGAUGCUCUACAGGUGGGUCCACUCAAAGACCCUAUGUACUCCUAGUCACUCUUUGGUCUGGAAAUAGCCCUGAUAUUGUUAGCCUCCAUUUAUGAGUUUUUACUGUGUUUUUAUUCCCAGGAUGGUCUUUUGGUUCUCCACUUUGGACUGGUGCUGCCUGCUCACAUGUGAGCAGGGGAAAGUGGGAUGCAUGUGAUCCUGAUAUUAAUGCUGACCUUCAGGGAACCAUGGUCUUCAUUCUGCUACUAAUGCCUUACAGAAUCAAGUCUUCUCCUCUCUGCCUACUUGCCUGACUAUUUUCAGUAAAUUGCUGAAUCCAGGGUCCAGAUGUCUUCUUCUGUAAAUUGGUAGGGUUAUGUUAGGAUUAGGUUAUAGUUUUAUAUCUGAGAGACUGAAGUGAUUUCAGAGGGCUCAAAGAGAAAAAGGAUCUGUCAUGCUACUACUACCAAAAGCUCAUGUUUUUGCUACACUGUAGUUAUGAGUUGAAUGUACACUGUAUCUGUACGGUUUCUUUGUUUUACAUCAUACAUAAUUUAAGCGCUUUGAAAGUUUGUACAGACUGUCUAUAAAUGCUUAUUGUCACUUCAUGUGAUUGUCUUGAAUAUUGAUGAACCGUUUGAGUUUUUCCUGACCAGAGUUUAGAGACACACAGCUGUUACUUGAAGAUAAUUCAAACAGGCCUUUUUGAUACAUGUAGUUUCUCAAUAUUAACACUAAUAAAAUACUA